AUCCCUCUUCAUUUCUUCCGUCGACUUCUCCUUGCCAAUCGUUUUCUCUGGAUUUCCCACGAUUUCGUCCGGCCGUGCGGUGGUCGUUCAUACGAAAUCGUACUUGCGAAUUCCGGUUUGUCUAGUGUUUUGAGUUUUGAGUUUUGAUUUUUGACGACCCAAUCCUCCUGGAUCCAUGAGGAUCUGUUGUGGAUCACUCUAAUUAAAAUCCCUUAUUGCUCUCGUAAAGUCUUCAAAAACCAGAUCCACCACCGCACUAAAGACUUAAACCCUUCCUUGUUUCAGCAGCUUCCUUGGCAGGUUGUGGUGGUUGACAAGAGACGAGGCGAGAUCAUGUCGGUGGAACCUGCCGAGGGCGCGGGGGAGACGCUGGCGCGCCACGACUCGCUCUACGGGGACGCCGAGAAGGUCUCCGGCGACAGGCGCCACGGCUCCGGGGCAAGCUGGAGGCAGACGGUGUUGCUGGCGUUCCAGAGCAUCGGCGUGGUGUACGGCGACCUCGGGACGUCGCCGCUCUACACCUACUCGGGCACCUUCCCGGGCGGCAUCCGGCACCCGGACGACAUCCUCGGCGUCCUCUCCCUCAUCCUCUACACCCUCAUCCUCCUGCCCCUGCUCAAGUACGUCUUCAUCGUCCUCUACGCCAACGACAACGGCGACGGGGGCACGUUCGCGCUCUACUCGCUCAUCUCGCGGUACGCCAAGAUCCGGAUGAUCCCCAACCAGCAGGCCGAGGACGCGUCCGUGUCCAACUACAGCAUCCCGGAGCCCAGCUCGCAGACCAGGAGGGCGCAGUGGGUGAAGCAGAGGCUCGAGUCCAGCAAGGCCGCCAGGAUCGCGCUCUUCACCGUCACCAUCCUCGGCACCUCCAUGGUCAUGGGCGACGGCUCCCUCACGCCCGCAAUCUCUGUGCUCUCUGCGGUGAGCGGGAUCAGGGAGAAGGCGCCCAACUUGACCCAAUUGCAGGUGGUGUGGAUCUCGGUGGCCAUCCUCUUCCUGCUCUUCUCGGUGCAGCGCUUCGGCACGGACAAGGUGGGCUACUCCUUCGCGCCCAUCAUCCUGGUGUGGUUCGUCCUCAUCGCCGGCAUCGGGGCGUACAACCUCGCCGCCCACGACGCCACCGUGCUCAGGGCCCUCAACCCCAUGUACAUUGUGGACUACUUCCGAAGGAACGGCAAGCAGGCGUGGCUCUCUCUCGGGGGCGUCGUCCUCUGCACCACAGGCACGGAGGCCAUGUUUGCUGACCUUGGCCAUUUCAACAUCAAGGCCAUUCAGCUGAGCUUCAGCUUCAUCAUCUUCCCCUCCGUGGCGCUAUGCUACAUGGGCCAGGCAUCCUACCUGCACAAAUUCCCGCAAGACGUCGCCGACACCUUCUACAAGUCUAUCCCAGCGGCGAUGUUCUGGCCGACGUUCAUCGUGGCCAUCCUGGCGGCCAUCAUCGCGAGCCAAGCCAUGCUGUCCGGCGCGUUCGCCAUCCUGUCCAAGGCGCUCUCCCUCGGCUGCUUCCCGAGGGUGCAGGUGGUGCACACCUCCAAGAAGUACGCCGGGCAGGUGUACAUCCCGGAGAUCAACUUCCUCGUCGGCGCCGCCAGCAUCGUCGUCACCCUCGCAUUCCAGACCACCACCAACAUCGGCAACGCCUACGGGAUCUGCGUCGUCAUGGUCUUCUCCAUCACCACGCACCUCAUGACCGUCGUCAUGCUGCUCGUCUGGAAGAAGAACAUCGCCUUCAUCGCCGCCUUCUACGUCGUCUUCGGGGCCACCGAGAUGCUCUACCUCACCUCCAUCCUCUCCAAGUUCGCCGAGGGAGGCUACCUGCCCUUCUGCUUCUCGCUGGUGCUCAUGGCGCUCAUGGCCACCUGGCACUACGUCCACGUCUGCCGCUACUGGUACGAGCUCGACCGCAUCGUGCCGGCCGCCAAGCUCGCGGCGCUCCUGGGUCGCCCCGACGUGCGCCGGGUGCCCGGCGUCGGCCUGCUCUACUCGGAGCUCGUCCAGGGCGUCCCUCCCGUGUUCCCGCGCCUCGUCGACAAGAUGCCGUCGGUGCACGCCGUCUUCGUCUUCAUGUCCAUCAAGAACCUCCCCAUCCCGCGGGUGGCCGCCGCCGAGCGCUUCAUCUUCCGGAGGGUCGGCCCCGCCGAGCACCGCAUGUUCCGCUGCGUGGCGCGUUACGGCUACACCGACCAGAUCGAGGCCGCCAAGGACUUCUCCGAUUCCCUCCUCGACGGCCUCAAGCUGUUCGUCCAUGAGGAGGCCGCCUUCUCCUGCAGCCAGCACACCGACGACAACGACGGCGACGGUGCUCUGCGGGCGGCGCAGGCGGCGGCCGCGGAGGAGGAGAAGCGGUUCAUCGAUGCGGAGCUGGAGCGCGGAGUGGUGUACCUGACCGGCGAGGCGGACGUGGUGGCCGCGCCGGGGUCAUCGCUGAUCAAGAGGAUCGUGGUCAACUACGUCUACACCUUCCUGAGGAAGAACCUCAGCGAGAGCCACAAGGCGCUCGCCAUUCCCAAGGAUCAGCUGCUCAAGGUCGGGAUCACCUACGAGAUAUAGAACAUCAAUCAAUCCUUGCGCGUUUUCUAGUGUCUUGCUCGGCGUUUCUUUUGCAGAACUUGUUGAUGAUGACGACUUAUUUUAGCGCGAAUGGAUUAGCAGUGUAAACCUCUGAAUUCUGCAUUGCUUGGAUGAUCCUGUACACCACUUGCGGAAAAAUCUUAUGGAUUGCCUGCGUGCUGA